CUCGCGCUGCGGCCCGGCUGCGGCAGCGGCGGCGGAGCGAGGCCCGGCCCGGUCCGGUCCGGUCCGGUCCGGUUCGGUUCGGUUCUGUCCGGUUCGGUCCGGUUUUAGCCGGUCCGGCGUCUCCUCAGCGUCCCGCCAUGGCGCUGCUGCGGGCGGCCGCGCUUCCCGCUGAGGGGUCUCCGGCCUGGCUGCCCACCCACGUCCAGGUGACGGUGGUGAGGGCCCGCGGGUUGCGGUGCAAGGGCGGCGGCAAGCCGGGCACCAGCGACGCCUACACCAUCAUCCAGCUGGGCCGCGAAAAAUACAGCACCUCGGUAGCCGAGAAGAGCACCGGUAACCCCGAAUGGCGGGAGGAGUGCGCCUUCGAGCUGCCCCCCGAGCUGGGUGCCCCGGCGGGCCCGGCCCGCGGUUCCCUGGUGCUCACCGUCAUGCACCGGGCCCUGGUGGGCAUGGACCGUUUCCUGGGCCAGGCCUUGGUGCCCCUGGAACCCGCCCUGCAGCAGGGCCGCGCGCCCGACGAGCGGUGGCACAAGCUACACUCCAAGGCUGGGAAGAAGGAGAAGGAGCGUGGUGAGAUCCUGGUGAGCAUCCAGUUCACGCGCAACAACCUUACAGCCAGCAUGUUCGACCUGUCCAUGAAGGACAAGCCCCGGUCACCCUUUGGCAAGCUGAAGGACAAGGUGAAAGGCAAGAAGAAAUACGACUUGGAGUCGGCCUCUGCCAUCAUCCCCAGCAGCAUGGGUGCCCUCGACAUGGAGGAUGACUACGACAUUGGGGGCAAGAAGUCCAAAGUCAAGGGCUUCUUCUUGAAGAACAAGCUGCGCAAGUCGUCCCUGACGCAGUCCAACACCUCCCUGGGAUCAGACAGCACCAUCUCUUCUGCCAGCCUAGUCUUGGCCGCAAAUGUUCCCGAGGUAACCAAAUCCCCAAGCAGACACAGCAGUCUGUCCACAGAACGCUCUGUGAAGGACUACUUGCCGUCUCCAAAGCUGACCCACAAGAGAGCAUUCAGUGAUGAUGUCUCCCAAGUCAGCCCGGUCCUGGAGCCCAAAGCAAUCCAAAGCCUGAAGCCAAAGAACGACCCCGUGUCCCGGUCUUCCCUCUGCAUCAAUGGGAGCCACGUUUACAGCGACGAGCCUGCACCAAAGAGUCCCGUGUCUGUCCCGCAGAGCUCUGCACCGUUGUCCGUGCCCAGUGUCCCCAGACGGUCGGAGGAGGGCUUUGGCUUCACUCCCCUCCAUCCCGACUCCCACGAGGUGCCUUGGGGGGUCAGCAACUUUGAGAGGACGCAGCAGAGAGACGAGCCCAGAUUCAUCCCGUCUCCUCCCAGCUUAGCCUUGCAAGAAGAGCUCAAGGUCUCGACAAAAGCCGUCACUCUCAGUAACCAUCUGGGCAGAGCCAAGAUGGAAGAAAACAGUCGCUUAGAGAACAAGCCAACUCAAGCUGCGACACCCAUGGUCUUCUCCUCAGAAAUGACGAAGGACAAACAACCCGAGGAGACGAAGAAGGAGGACAAGAAAGCGAAGGGCAGCCUCUUCCACCACGGGGGCAACAAGAGUGACGCAGGGAGCAAAGGCCAGGGGGAGAAAGUGGGACCCUCCCACGGCUCGUCCGCCCACGCGACGGCAGGGGGAGAUGAGAGGAAUAAAACCAGUGGCUGGUUCGGUUCAAAGGAGCCCAAAGAGUCCCCUCAGAAACCCAGUUUCUCGUCUGGGCCGCAUGCUUCAACAGAGGUCGCUGGGAACUUUUAUUCCUCUGAGGAUUGCAGUCCCUCUGCCUCCCUAAGACAUAAAGACCCAGAGAGGGAGUCUCCAGCCAAAAGCGUUUGUGUCCCUGUUCCAGAAACUACUCCCCCAUCACAAGGAGACCUUCCUCCUCCAGAUGAGAAACCUGCCAUCCCUCCUCCCCUCUCAGAGUGGGACGAUACCUUCGAUGCCUUUGCAACCAGCAGGCUCAAACCAGAACUGAAGAAGGAAAACUUCUUCGCUUCGGUGGCAGCAGAGGGCAUGGCUUUUAUCGAUGAUCCUGAUGCAGCCAGCCCAACAGAAAGAUUGGCUGAGCCAGCUCACGAGAAGGGGACAAAGGUAUUUGAAAAGGCCGAUUCACAAAUUGGCAGUGAAAUGCCCACGACUCUGCGGUCUUGGACAAACUUCUCUGGUUUAGACGUGGGGGCAAACUUGGUGAGCACAACCCAGGAAGCGACUGUGAUAGAGGAUGUGCUGAGCCCUGUGUCUGCGGGGUCAAUGGGAAGGAGGAGGAAAAGCAGCACGCCUACAGUUUGGACAGCUGCGUUUGCAUCAGGAAAUCCAGGGGAAAAAGAGACUUCAACACGACUAACUGCUGAAAAUAGUGCUAGGGAGGAAGGGGACAGUAAUGAGGAGGAACUCUCUAGUGCAGGGACAAAUGGAUGGAUGACCAUAGCCACUGAAACCGCUCCUGACCUGUCAGAGAGCGCCCAAAGUGUGGCUGAGCAGGAUCGCAUGGAUCAGGAGAGCGCAUUCAGCCCGCGGCCAGCCUUCCUCAGUGAAGGUGCCUUUGAAGCAAAAAGCGGAUCUCGGGCUGCCACUUGCGUGUUGCCCAGAAGCACCUUUGCCCCCGAGCUCGCCUCUGAAACCCUGCCAGGCAGCAAUGUGGCUGCCGUGCCCCCGCGGGUGCUCACAGACGUGGCAGCACGACGGUUCCCCGUGGCCCCCGAGCCAGGGACGGAGCCCCAGGUUGCUGGUAGCGAGGAGGAAGCUUUCGACAUACGGACUUCAGUCUACCGGCUCCAGGCUAGCAUGCGGCUCGAGGCCAGUGAAAGCCGUGUAAAACUCAGCUCUGACAUCCGUGAGAGGCACGUCGUCCUCUCUCCAUGGACAGGUACCAGAGAGAGGGACGAGACAGCGGCCGGCUCGGCCGCGCCGCCCCCCAAACCUCCAAGGUGGUUUGCAGCCGCAGGCGGCGGAGGGAACGCCGAGGAGGAGGAUGCUUGCGACCCACAGCCGAGGCAGCAAGGCAGCGAGGAGCGAUGGGAAGAUGUGGAGGGCCCAAACGCAGAUGUAGAGCUGCCGAGGAGUCGUCUGAGCAGCGAGCCCUCUGUCCCGGUGUCUCCCAGCCCUCCCGCACUGGGAGUGGACGUAGCUGAAGCAGGGAGCGAGUUUCCAGUCCCUGAGGAUGCUGAAUCUGCUGCUACAGACUCAGCUGCUAAUUCGGAGGCGAGAGCUAGUGAGCUGGCAAAAGGGGACACCUCUUUGGGGGAAGACCAGUCAGAGAUGAAUGAGACGGAUGUGGCUGAGCAGUUCGAGACUUGCCCAUCGAAGUUUUCCCUAGAUGGAUUAGGCCAGUCGGGUGCUAAGGAGAGCUGGAGCCAGCAAAGUGUAUCUCCUCUGAUGGGGACCGCAGACAGUGCCGAGCAGGAGAUGGCCUCCAAACAGGAGCCGUUCCCUGAGGAGCUCAGUAUGCCAGGACUAAACCUACCUUCCAAGCUAGACCUGGGCCAGCCGGAAAUCUUCUGGACGGCUCUGGAAGAGCAGGAGGCAGCCGGUCACCCUGCGGGUCUCGGUCCGGCGGCACGACCCCAAAGGUUAGCGCGUGGGGAGAGUCCACCCCAGCCAGAGCCGGCAUGGGGUGAUGGUGAGGGGUGGCACAGGCCGGUGGCCGGCCCCUCUGGGCGAGCGGGAGGCCAGCCCGAGCCUUGUGCCUCUGUGGCAGUAGUCGGCCCUCCGCGGGAGGCAGAGCAGGGCAGACCCCCCGCCAGCGAGCCCGAGGGGCCGUGGCACCGAUGCUCCACAGACAGCAGGAUAGACUUCAAGAAGGCCGAUUUCUGGAAGCCAGAUAGGGCGGAGGAGAGGCAUGAGCAGGACGCUUCAGCCCCGAGAAAUCCCUUUGCUCUGGCACUCAGCCCAAACUCCCCAAGCAAUCCCUUUGUGGAGAAGUCACCAGACCCCCUCCCUGUUCAAGCUGUGCUGCCUGAAAGGCUCGGUCAGGGAGGCUUCGGCUUCACCAACCUCCACGAGGAAGCCCUUGGGCAAGGCUUCCAGUCCACUAACCUCCCCAGGGACCUGCUAGGCAAGCCUCCUUUCCUGCAUGACAGCCAGCCCUUGGCCUUCUCCACCCCUUUCCUUGUGGCUGCAACUAACCCUAAACAGUUUGAUUUCCCUUCCCCUGUUGCGUGCCCCGCGAGCAGCGGGGUCUCUGCCGCGACCAGCCGCGCAGCCGCCCAGCCCUGCCCUUUGCCGCAGUCCGGUGACACACAAGCUUCAGCACUCGUGGUUUUGCCCAGGGAGACACAGCCAGCUGAGAAGCCCUUUUUCCAGCAGACGACCAGUCCUCACCCAGUGAAACCCAUCAGCGCUGUGGUGCAAGAGGUCUCCAGUGAGAAGAAGCAGCAGCACAGGUCCAGCCUGACGACCGCUCUGAGCAAUGGCCUGGAGAAGCUGAAGACAGUCACCACGAGCAGUGUCCAGCCUGUGGCCCCGUCUUCUCACCCGGAGAAAACAGACUCAAAGAAGUUAAAGGAUCCUACUGUACCGGACCAGUCAGCCAAGUAUUAUCACUUGACCCACGACGAACUCAUCCAGCUUCUGCUGCAGAGAGAGAAAGAGCUGAGCAAGAAGGAGGAGCACAUCCAUGAACUGGAGAACUACAUUGACCAGCUGCUGGUGCGCAUCAUGGAACAGUCUCCCACGCUCCUCCAGAUCCCGCUGGGGGAAAGCAAGACCAAGUAAUGUCUCCCCAGAGACCAGCAUCACUUGCCUAGAGCACUUCUCCAAUAAACACGCUGCAAACAUCCCUGCACUCCCCCCUCCUCUUACGAGAGGGCUCCAGUGGCUUCUGUUCGCAGAGUUUAGCAGGAAAGGUUAUCUGCUCCUUCCCAGCCCAAGCUUAUCCCACCUCUGGCUCCAGGGAACUAUAGGGUGAUGGGCUGUCAUCCACCCUAUGGGGAGGAGCAGAGCCUUCCACGAGGCAGAUGCCUCCUUAGGUUCCUGUCUGUGUGACCAAGUGGCAUCUUCUCAGGCACUCAUCCUGCCAAUGCUUUAGUGGUCCAUUGGACAUUUGAGAGCUGGAAACCAACCACCUCACCCAUGUCUUCAUCCUGCUACUGCUGCUCUUCUGCCCACACUCUUCCACAUCUCUUAUCUCUGAAGUGCUGUACCCUGGCUGAUGGAUGUUGUUAAAUAGGUUGGUGACAUCAGGGAUGCUUAAACUCAGUAAGGGUCUACCAGCAUGUUACUGUUCGCUGAGCCUGCUCGGCAGGGCAGCUAGGGGAAGGGACUACUGUUGGAUGCCUCUUUCCCUCCCUGCCCCAUAUGUUGUACCCCCAAAUGAAGGGUCUCCAUCUGAAGAGCCAGCUCCAAGUUGUGCCAGUAGCUGACUGUAUGGGAGAUGCUACAUAAAGCGACAGCGCCGGAGUCAGAGGCCGUAAAGGACUCAAGCCAACGUCAUUGCCUGAUCGUGAGCGGUGUUGGUUCCUUUGCUGCGCGCAUGCAGAGUUGUGAUGCUGCCUCAGUUACCCAGCUCAAAACUGAACUCGCAAUACGGGAGAAGGGCCAGUGAUGGUUUGUGCACCAUCAGUACUGCAGGAGAUCUUCUCGCACACCACCCAACCUGGCACUGGGCUGGCUGGCACCAGUGUGCCCUGGGGGUGACUCUUGUAUGUAUAAAUCACAGCUGAAUUUUCUACUCAGUAUUACACUCCCCCUUUCCUGUGUCCACAGGGGAGUUGCUUUCCACUGGCCACACCCCACCAUUGACUUUGCAUUGUCUUUCUCCGUGCAACAGGAAAAUGCCAUCGGGACCGAAGCUCGUGUGCAGAGAAGGAUGUCUGACCACCUCUAUGCAUGACAUCCUGCUAGGUCAGGCAUCCAUCAAACACCCUCUCAAAGCUAGCAAUUCAGUAAUCGUCACAGACCCCCUUCGAGCCAGUAUUAGUGCCAAACACCGCUCCAAUUGUAUUGCAAUCUGCACAGGCCUCUGGCAGCUUGGGCCCACCCUUAAGCAUUGGAGGCCAGCUCUAUCAGGAGUUGAAUGCUUCUUGCUGCUAACUGUUGAGUAACCAUCUAAAAGCCUCUGAUUUAUGUGGUUUAACAACUGUAGAUGAUGUUAGCCUGAGGAUGGUGAGCAAUGCUCCUGGCUGCACCGGAGUACAGCGCAGCUUUUGAUUUGGAGGUGCUGUGGAAGGGUAUAGAAAGGAUGUUGCUCCCUCUCUUGGUCUGCUUGGAUUUUGGCUAGAGAAGGUGCCCAUGCAGGCAGAGGGUCAGUUGGUGUGGGACUUGAGCUGUCUUGACAUGUAAGGCAUCUUCUCUCUCCUGUAGAUCUCCCAGCAUUACUGGAUUCUUUUAAAACCUUCAUAUUCUUUUCUCCUUCCUUGCUUCAAUGUAUACCAUGACUUUGAAAAAUUGUGCCUUUUCUGAAAUCCAAUUCUCAGUUCAACGCAACCCGUCUUGGGCAACUUCCUCUUCUGUUUGCCUGCUAAUCUGAACUAGGUGAGUUUAUUUUUAAACGCAGACAGCGGAGCCUUCCCACCCCUGUGUGCGGGUUGCUUUUGGUCUUUGGCAGGAGCUCUGCACGGGCAGCUUGCGUGACGUGGGAGGUAGAGACUUUAAGAGAAGACAUUGGGGGAAGAGCAGACCAAAUGUUCCAAGACAAAAUACAGCUGGAUAAAGGGCAGUACUGGGUCAUGCUCGAAGUCUGAGGUUGGGGAAGCAGGCUGACAGGGUGAGAGCUAUCGGGAGAAAAGGAGGUUUGGUGUUGCUGUCAUUGACAAUGUUUGGUCAUAUCUAGCUUGUAGACCAUCGUGUGAGGAGGAGGACUUGUUACCUGGGAAGGUACCGGCCACGAGCCUUUCGUUCCUACCUGCCUUUGCCCCUAGGAGGAAGUAAUCUGGGGUUUUGCACUUCUCUACCUGCGUCUUCAUGUUCUUCUUCCCUCUUUGUGUCUCAGGUGUGGGGACUUUGUUUCUGGUGUAAGACGUAAGGGUCUGAGGGAAGGUGUUUCUCCCAUUUUAGAAAGUACCAGAAACCUCUCUCUGCCUAUAUAAUCAAAAGAUCCCGUGGCCUGAGAGCUAGAUUCCCUUUCCAGGUGCCUGUCUCUCGUGGAGAAGCUCUCCCUUUUACCUGAAAGCAGGCAGGGAGGAGUUGUGGACAGCUAGAAAGCGGUCCAGUGUCAGAAGAGCGGCGUGUGGCACUGGAAGGAGGGCUGGGAGAAGGGGCAGCCCUGCAGACGGGCAGGGAUGCUGAGCGGUGAAGGCGAAGGCUUACAUCAGGUAGACAUUAGCAAGGGAGAGACCUAGAGCCAAAAUCUCACACGAGAGCCAGGAGCUGCUUCCUGAGACUUCUCCCCCAGCAGCGAUUGGCGUUGUAGCUGCUCCCCAUACACAAGUGCCAAUGUUUAUAAGGAUCUUGCUGCACCUCCUCCCGGCCUUCUCCCCCUCCUCUUCCAUCGCAUUUCACCGCCUCCCUAAUCCCCCUUCUGCCUUAGUCAGCUCUGCCUUUUUUUUUAGUCCAAAGCUUGAAUGUUUUGCACUUGAAUAUAUAAUCUCAGAGCUACAGCAGGCUGUAUCGGGCGUACAGCCUUUUCAGCAAUACGUGCUUCCUCGCGUGACCUGCCUCCGUCGCAGCGGAGCAACGCAGUCCCCGAACUGCCUUCCACCGCAGGAGCCCGUGCCGUCUCGGAGGAGGCUGGAGCAAGCAGAGCUAAAAUGCUUUUGCCUUGACUUUGUGAUAGCAGAGCAUUUCCAAAGGCCGAGGCGGGGGUACGGCACGGGUACCUUGGCAUCGCACGUGAGACAGGGUUGAGGGGGGGCUACAGAAAAAAACAAGCAGUGACAACAGCCAAGGCUGCCCUGGUGUUUCAUGUCUGUCCUCGAGCGUUUAGAAGUCCAGAGGUAUCUACAAAUGACAACCCGUGCUUAGGAAAAGGCAUCUUAAAGAUGCUUCUGUCUUUGUUCUCUGUUUCUCCACCCUGCUGGCCUGCAAAUGUGGGGGUUUUUCCCCCCACCACACAGUUUUUAUUCUCUGCGUAAGAGCAAGCAAGCUUGGCUACGCCACACAAUAGCACUGAAGCCGGAGGCUGUAUAAUUUUUUUGUUAAAACCUCUAAGGUACCAGAGGGAAAUGGUUUUGAGGAGCUAAAUGUUUUCUCAUUGAGGGAGGGAUGAGAAAAAGGAGUGGGGUAAAUGUUCUCAAGUUGCUCAUGUCCAGUCUCCAUAUUUAGCGAUUUAUUUGCAAAAACAGGGAGGCGAGCAGCACUUCUGUUCAGCGUGCAGGGUAACACUCCGCGGUCUUUCGCUCUUUACUGAACCGAGCAGCUGAAAAGGUUUUGAUGGGCCAGCAGCAGCUUUUCACUGGUUCCGUUUUAAACACAGCCAUAACAAUUACUCUAUGUUUUUGCCUCCUGGUCUGUCUUUCUCUUUCUACGCUCAAGCUGUUUCACAAGGUCUUCCGCAGGGUGCUGUUGCUCACAGCUGUGCUCUGCUUUUGUUGUCAGCCCACAACUGGGUUUCUUGCUUUUAAAGAACUCUGGCCAAGUGAAUUAUUUUUGCCUUGACUGGCCCUUCCGGCCCAGACUCAUGGGCCAGAAGAACCAACAAGGUAUAUCCUUAAACUGGAACAAACCUGAAGGGAUGUGGAUACGGAAGUGUCACGUAGACUCAGCCUUACGACUUGUCUGUGAAGAAACCGCCGUGUGUUUUGUGUUAUAAACGUGGGGUGGAAAAACAUCCCAAAAUGGGAGAGAUAAGUGUCAGGGGUUUUGGAGUUGUUGAUUUCCCUGUACUUCAUGUAUGCAGGAAGUGGGUUCUGUGUGUUUCAUGUUUUAAUAGUUGCAACUAAUGUUUAUAAAGAGCUUGUUAUUUACGUUUUAAGCACUUUAAAAAAAAAUAAAAGUUGUUCAAGCUGUUCCUA